AUAGGAAAUAAAACUAAUCAAAGAAAGAUAAAAUAACCCGACUUUGCAACCAAAAUGAAGUACCGGAAUUUGCUACCGCUGCGGCAGCGGCGACGAUGUUAGGAGGAGAAAGAGAUUAAAAGAUGUUGACUUUCAAGAUCCUAAAUUUAUCCUAUCGUAAAUUAACUUGAAAACAGCGAAUUCAUAACCAAAACAAUAAAGGAAGAAAAAGAAAAAUCCCAAAAUAUCUUUAGAUUGAACUGAAAGGUACCUGAAUUGAAAGAGUAGAGCUGAGGGUGAGAAGCUGGGAUGGUGGAUCUGGGUGAGGAACCCGAUCUGAGUUUGAGCUGGGUUCCUCCCGAGGAACCCAGAUCGGGUUCCUUCGGAGGAACCCAGCUCAGGUUCCUCGCCGAACCCAGAGCUGGGUUCCUCACGACGAGGAACCCAGCUCGGGAGUUGAUGGUUGGUCUUUCGGGGAGCUUUGCUGGUAGUGAAAUGAUUGAUGAACAUGUUCGCAAAUUGAUCAAAGGGCAUUCGAGGCUCCAUAUACUAUCAUUGCCAUUCUAUAUCCUUGCACGUGCUCCACUAGGUCUUGAGUUUCAUCGUACUCAAUUAGCUGCGGAGUUUUGAAGUUUGAUGGCACAGGUUCCCUGAUGAUGUCGUCUAUAAAGGCUUUUUCUACUGAAGCUGUGUGUGGUGGUUCUACAUACCUCUGCCUGCCUGCUUUUAUCUUUGCCAGAUGUUGUCGCAACACCUCAAUUUCUUUGUAAACACCGUCAUCAUGAAACUAUGUUUUUGUCUUUUAUGGACUUGCUGCCGUGAGUGUGGCUUCUUGAAUUUGUUGGCUAGCCUUCCUUUGGUUUCAAUGUGUAUGAGGUAUCAUGUUUUUACUCCAAAAAUUGUAUUG